GGUGCCGGGUCCCAGCGCCACCCAUGGCCGGCCGGGAGCAGCCCCCGGAGCAGCCGCCGGCGGCCCCCGGCCCCGCCGAGCCCCGCUACGAGGCGGUGGCCCCGCACUGGUUCUACCGCAAGGCCGGCGAGCCCCGGGAGCGCUGGGUGCCCUUCAGCGCGCAGGACUCGGCGAGGCUGGAGGAGGCGCACGGCGCAGGAAGAGAGAAAGAAGACGUGGUUGUCCCAACGUCGGGGGGUAGGUACGACGUUCACCUGAAGCAGAGGCAGCGCGUCGCAGUGUACUGGGAGGAGGAGGUCUCCGAGGUGCGUCGCUGCACCUGGUUUUACAAGGGAGACAAGGACAACAAGUACAUUCCCUACUCGGAGACGUUCAGUGAGGAACUGGAGGAAGCUUACAUGAUUGCUGUAACCCUGGAUGAGUGGAAGAAGAAACUGGAGUCCCCUAGCAGGGAGAUCAUCAUCUUGCACAACCCAAAGCUGAUGGUGCACUACCACCCGGUUGCCACCUCUGAUGAUUGGGGCUCAACUCCUACGGAACAAGGUCGACCUCGGACUGUGAAGAGAGGAGUAGAAAACAUCGCUGUUGAGAUCCCCAAUGGAGAGCCUCUGCAAAUCGAUCACCUGGUGUUCGUGGUGCACGGCAUCGGCCCAGCGUGCGACAUUCGGUUCAGAAGCAUUGUCCAGUGUGUGAACGACUUCAGGAACGUUUCCCUCAGCAUGCUGCAAGCACACUUCAAGAAAGCCCAGGAGCAGCAGCAGAUCGGCCGCGUGGAGUUCCUGCCCGUGAACUGGCACAGCUCCCUCCACUCCACCGGGGUGGACGUGGACCUGGAGCGAAUCACUUUGCCAAGCAUCAAUCGCCUGCGUCACUUCAUAAACGACACCAUCCUGGACGUUUUCUUCUACAACAGCUCCACCUAUUGCCAGACCAUUGUGGACACGGUGGCGUCCGAAAUGAACCGCCUGUACCAGCUCUUCCUGCAGAGGAACCCACACUUCAAGGGGGGGGUCUCCAUCGCGGGUCACAGCUUGGGGUCACUAAUUCUGUUUGAUCUCCUGACGAACCAGAAGGCUGCUCCCGAGGAGGACGAGCAGAGCGGAGAGGGCUCCAGGACAGCUUCGAGCAACACAGGCAUUGAGGAAUUAAAAGAAAUUCUGAAGAAGCUGGAGCUGACUGAAUACUGCGAUGUUUUUGAGAAAGAGAAAAUGGACAGGGAAGCGCUGUUCUUGUGCACAGAGGAAAACCUUAAAGAAGUGGGAAUUCCCUUAGGACCAAGGAUGAAGAUCCUCAAUUACAUCAGCUCCAAGGAGAGGCAGGGCGUCAGCGAGCGGAGCGCAGCAGCUCCCAGGCACAGUGGGCAGACUGGCCCCGAUGGCACAAGCGACAGCAGGGACUGCCAGUACCGGGACAUCGGCUUAGGACAGGUCUCGGCAAACUACCCUCAGCUGAUCUACAAGCCCACCAUCUUCUUUGCUUUCGGGUCUCCCAUUGGGAUGUUUCUCACAGUGCGAGGAGUGAAGAGGAUCAACCCCAGCUACAGCCUGCCCACCUGCAAGGGCUUCUUCAACAUCUUCCACCCUUUUGACCCGGUGGCGUACAGGAUCGAGCCCAUGAUUGUCCCGGAUGUGGAGUUUGAGCCCAUGCUGCUGCCUCACCACAAAGGCAGGAAGAGGAUGCACCUAGAGCUGAAAGAAGGGCUGACGCGCAUGAGCGUGGACCUGAAGAACAACCUGCUGGGGUCCCUGCGGGUGGCCUGGCAGUCCUUCACCCGCGCCCCGCUGCCAGCUGUGGAGGCCGGGAGCACCGAGGUGGAGGCGGAGGCCGAGGCCGAGGCCAGCGUGGAGAAGCAGACAGGUCCACCAGACGUAAAGCCAGAAGAGGCCCCCCCGGCAGCGAAGGAGGAGGCCUCCCCCAUUAACGUGGGGAGGCUGAACGGAGGGAAUCGCAUAGACUACGUGCUACAGGAGAAGCCAAUUGAGAGCUUUAACGAGUAUUUAUUUGCACUACAAGGGCACCUCUGCUAUUGGGAGUCAGAGGACACCGUUCUGCUGGUUCUGAAGGAGAUCUACCAGACACAAGGCGUUACACUGGAUCAACCUUUGCCCGGAAGCCAAUGACCUACCUGGGCUGUUCUGGCUGCCUGACAUAAGAUUCAACCGAGUACUCACCAGGAAAGUCCAGACCUCUUCUCUGCCUUCCUCUCUCCUCUGCUGCUGUGUCCUGCAUGCUGCUUCCCCAGUACUUGCUGCUACCUGGAGAUAAGGACGAUUUUCCUCCAUUUUGGAUAGGGUGAAAAAAAAUAGUUAAAGGAAACCACUUCUGCUAACACAGACACAAACACACAGCACU